AUGAAGGGCCUCGCUUUCCGCAAGCUCAGCCGGACGUCUUCGCACCGCAACCACCUGCUGCGCAACCUCGUCUCUUCCCUCUUUGAGCACGAGCGGAUAACCACCACCGUCGCAAAGGCCAAGGAGGCCGCAAGAGAGGCAGAAAAGAUCAUCACCCUCGGGAAGCGCGGUACCGUGCAGGCUGGAUAUGGAGCCAGAGGCUACCUCUACACGCAAGAAAAGACGCUACCCAAACUGGCCGAGCUGGCGCAGCGCUACUCCCAGCGGCCCGGUGGCUACACGCGGAUCCACCUGUUUGGCAAUCGGCAGGGCGACCAUGCGCCUCGCGCUAUCCUGGAGCUCGUCGACGGUCCCAAUGACCUGCGGCUGCAGAUGACGGCGCGGGCCAUUGCGCGCGAGACAUUCAACCGUAUCACGAAGCUGGGCACCGACAGCUUGCGCGAGGGCCGGCAGUUCGACGCUGCGACACUCGAGCAGGACGAGCGCUUCAACGAGGUGACGCGUACCAACAUCUCCAAGGUGGUGCGCUUCGGAGGGAUGGAGGCACGGGAGAAGCUUGUCGAGCUGGCCGCCGAGCACCUGCUACGUCUGCGCGCCACGGCCGCGCUCGAGGGACAGGUGCGCGUCGACGAUGAGCGCGUCGCCAGCUGGGCCGACAACCGGCCGCGCGGACGCCUCCUCACCAAGCCAAUGCGCGGGCAUCGCCCCUGGGCCGGGCAGGAGCGCGCCGACCAACCACCGCCGCUUGCAGGAAAGACCAAGAACUCGGUCAUCCGCCUUGGCAAGGGCGUGUUCGCGAAGCGACAGAAUUAUCGCACCGCGCCCUCCAUGCCGCAGUAUGCCCGAAGUGGUUAG